AUGGGAUUUGGAGGCAGUCGGCUGUGCUUGUGUCUCUUGCUUGCCUUUGCUUUAAUCUCCUCUGCCCGGAACAACAUUCCAUUUUCAGAUGAUGAGGUGGUAGCGCCCAUGGAGGGUAGAUCUUUGAUGGUGAGGACAGACGACUACAGUGACCCAACUGCUAAUCGUGGGCAUGAUCCCUCCUCCUCCUCCUCUUCCUCCUUCUCUAGAGCCAAGGCUGGGGGCCGCGGUGGCCGAAAGGGCUAG